AUGUCAGGGGCAGCACAGAGCACCGCAAGCACGACAAAGCUGCAAGACAACAACCAAGAUCAAGCCAAAACACAAACAGCACAACCACAGAAGCCCGCUGCGCAAUUAGAAGAGGAUGAUGAGUUUGAAGACUUUCCUGUAGAAGACUGGGCAAAAGAAGAGGAAGUGGGCGCACAACAAACCAACACACAUCUAUGGGAAGAGAGCUGGGACGACGACGACACGAACGAUGAUUUCUCUGUGCAGCUGAAGUGA